AAAUACCACGAAUUGCCACAUAACUUAUGGAUGAAGGAGAAGACGGAGAUAUAUGUGUUGGUUUUAAUGAGGUGACUUCCCUGUGUGUACUUCUCCAUGUUGAGGCAGGCCGGUGUGUUGGAGCAGUGGUGCGUGACGGGUCAGUCUAUGACUGUACUUCCAAAAGUACACUCCUGCUCAGAGGCUCCCUGUUGAGAAAAAAAUGAACCUGCCGUCCAGAGAGGAGUGCGAGGGCUGGGACCAGGCUCAACUAGCCCUCUUUAUGUGCAAGAACAAAAUGCAAGAGUGUGCUGUCACUAUAAACAGACUGAAGAUUGAUGGACAGAGACUUUUGAGCCUGUCUGACAGUGACAUGAGCAAGUUUAGUCUCGUCCACCAACCGCAGCUUCAGAAAAUUGUUCAAGACAUCAAGAAAAAUGACGGCAGCUUACUGAAUAAACUAAGAAGAUUGAAAAGCAAACCACUUCCAAAAGUACCUGCAAGAGAUUACAGAGAUGAUGACCAAGGGUCUGACCCUGAUUAUGAUAAUGAUACAUACGAGGAUCCACAUGAGGACCAGGAUGACAGCUACGAGCCUCCUCCCAGCCACAAAGUCUUCACCACAACUCCCUCUGCUUCCUUCCCAAGGGGGGAGUAUGUCGACAGCUGCCAUAACCGACCCCAGCGGCCACCCAGGAAGCCCCUCCGCCCAAGCAAACCCUCCAAACAACUGCCCCCUGAACCCACCCACACAGGGAGUGAUGAAGAGGACUACAUCACUCCAGACAGUAACGAUGAUGAUAACUACGUAGAACCCGCAGAGAACCCACCUUCCAAUCCCAUCAUACACAGUGGAAGCAGAGCAGGGAGGGACCUUCCCAUGUUGCGUACACCUUUAAAAGGUCCACCCAGUCCUGACCUUUAUGAAGUUCCUGACAAAGAGGAGCAGUCAUUAUCUCUUCCAGCACGCAGACCAUUUCCAGUCCCCACAACGCAGUCGCAUUCUUUACCACCGAAACCCAGCCCCAGAAUAAAUAUGAGGAGAUCUCCUACUACUGUUCCGGAGCCCACAGGCGAAGAUGAAUAUGAAGUUUGUGAUCCAGAUGAUAGUUCCCAUGAUAAACCUGUAGAGGGUCCUCCCCUACGCCUACCCAAACCUUUGCCCAGAGAGAGGUCACCGAAACCACCUGUAAAGCCAAGGCCGGAUUUAAAACCUAGGGAAUUUGAAAGCCGAACGCUGCCUGUGACACAAACUGAGCAGAAGCCUCCACCAAAAGCUUUUACGCUGGACUUGAAACGGCCAAAAAUUCCUCUCCCACAGUUUACCUCCCUCACAGGAGACAGAGGAAGCGUUUCUUCUGAAAAUGGGUCAAUAGAUCAAGAUAAGGACGCAGAUGUCUAUAAGAAACCAUGGUAUGCCAGCGCAUGUGACCGCAAGACUGCUGAUGAUGUCUUGAUUCGCUCAAAUAAAGAUGGGGCGUUCAUGGUGAGGCAGAGCUCCGGUCAGGACACGCAACAGCCCUACACGUUAGUGGUGUUCUACAACGACAGAGUGUACAACAUCCCAAUCCGCUAUAUACCAACAACACAGCAGUACGCUCUGGGCAGAGAGAAGAAAGGGGAGGAGUAUUUCAGCAGCGUCUCCCACAUCAUCGUGAACCAUCAGAGGAAUCCACUGGUGCUGAUUGACAGCCAGAGCAACACCAAGGACGCCACCAAACUGUGCUACCCCGUUAAGCCGUAGAUGAACCUCGCUGAUGGCAAACAGCCAAGUGAUUGGACGUGUGCAUCCAAACCCGCCGUGUUUACUGUCAGACUGCUGUUUACAGAACUCAUUAUCUGAUGCUUUCCUCCUCCCUCAUUGUUAAUUUGAGGUCCUGCACUUUUCUGCAUUGCUGGCCAUGCAGAGUUUAAGUAGCACUGACUCAGAAGACUUUUUAACUCAUGUUUUAUUAAAAUGUUUAUUUUUUUUAAAUGCUCAGUCAGUAAACAGUGUAUUAAAAUAAAUGCAAAGGACGAGACAGUGUUACUGCAGCUACAGACAGCACGCAGACAAAUAAUUUGUUGAUGACAGCAAUACAUUGGGGAGCCAAAAAUACAAGGUUGUAUAUUUUGUUUUAAUAAAAUACUUCCUGUGUUGCAUA